AUGUUCGGAGCGUUCAGACCCACGAAUCCUUUAUCCGGGGGUCUUCUAUGGAAGAUCCCAUGGCGACUCUCCAAAUUCCAAAAGGCACGACAACGCAAACGGUUACGCGCAGUCGACUCGCUUGUAGCUACUCUAGAUAAGGCAUUGACGAAGAAGAGCAUCACUACGAAGGCUGUGGAGAGGUGGAAGGAGGAGAUGCCAAUUGAGCAGGAGAUGGUGCCAAAAGACAAAUAUACAAUCUUCGACCGGAAGGAGAAGAAAUACAGAAAGAGCAUGCGAAAGCUACCAAAGUGGACAAGAGUAUCACAGCGAGUCAAUCCUCCAGGAUACUGA